GGACCAUACAGUCUAUGGUGUGGACGCGCUGCAUUAAUGCUGAACUACAAGAGGCUUUGAGACAGGCUCAGGACAUAACAUGGAUAUCUCUCUCACCAAAACUGUUUAUUGUGGGAAUGGAGGGAGCAACAGGAAUCUCUGCCUGUCUGACUGACAUCUCUCAGUGGAUGUCCGCACACUACCUGAAAAUCAGUUUACUCACGCUCCUCUGCUCCCUUCACUGGUUACCAGUUGUUGCCCGCAUCAGCUUGAAGACAUUAGUACUUGCGAACGGAUCGGGCCCAGUCUACAUCAAGGACAUGCCCUUCCACUCCGCUCUGCAUCCGCCAGUCGGCUUGUUGCUCCCUCACUACGAGCUAGCCACUCAACAAAAUCCCGACUGUUUGCUGUCCUGGCUCCCAAAUGGUGAAACAAGCUCUCCAUUGACAUCAGGACAGGCUAGAGACAGAUCUCUUCCAACUACACUUUGGUUAAGAAGAUAAUGAUUAUGAAGUACGCCUUUUGCCACCUCUACAACCUUACCUGAAGAGCCUUCAGAAAUAUUCAGCAGCACUGUGGACACAUGGAGUACACCAUACCAGCAAAGAAUAGAUAGAUUCUGAGAGAAGCGUGGCAGAGUGCUGACCACAAGAAAUUCACCCUGAGCCUCAGCUGAUUCAACUUGACCUUUUUUAUGUUGUGGUCAUAAACAUAUUACUCUGUCUACCACAUUCAAAGGCCUCCCACGUUUAUCCUCCAUCUGUGCCCCAGGAAUCUCACACUGCCUUCAAAAGGGCAAUGCCAAUCUUGCUUAAUGCCGACGCAUCCUUCAGCUCCAGGCAGGAGCUCCUGGACCUAAAGGAGUGCCCUGUCAGCGGGGGUCCCUCUCUGGACACCCCCAGUCCAGUGGACUCCAAGACAGGUAGCCCCACAGUUGCUCAUGGUCCCAUCCAGCCUGAUAUUUUUACUGGGGCUUCCACAGUCCCCGGGCAGCUAUAUGGGGUGGAGGCCACACCGUUUACAGAGGCACCCGUGGGAUUAAAGCUAAGCUCCACUGAUGUGGAUCAGCUAUGUGGCUGGGGGGCUGUGACCCCCAAAUUCAUUCAAGUUUUCAACACCUCUCGUUGGGUACUGUUUUUCCUCUGUGCCGCUAGUUUCCUCCAGGGGAUGAUAGUCAACGGCCUCAUUAACACAGUGAUCACAACAAUUGAGAAGCGAUAUGACUUGCACAGCUACCAGUCUGGCCUCAUUGCCAGCUCCUACGACAUUGCUGCCUGCAUUUGUCUGGCCUUCGUCAGUUACUUUGGCGGGACGGGGCACAAGCCUCGCUGGCUGGGAUGGGGGGUGCUGAUCAUGGCAAUGGGUUCCCUGGUGUUUUCCCUGCCUUACUUCACCACACCUCUCUACGAGGUCAGUGUGCCCCAACAAACAGGAAUGUGCUCUGCCAACCGUACCAGCCCAUGCCAGGACGAGCAGGGUGGAGGAUUGUCCAACUAUCGGUUUGUGUUCAUGCUGAGCCAGUUUCUACACGGAGUGGGAGCUACACCUCUCUACACAUUAGGGGUCACGUACCUGGAUGAGAAUGUCCAGUCCAACUAUGCGCCUGUGUAUAUGGGAAUCUUCUACACCGCAAGUAUUUUGGGUCCUGCCGCAGGCUAUCUGCUGGGUGGUUACUUCCUGAAAAUCUACACAGAGAUCCACCUGAUGGACCAGCAGCUCUUGCUCAAGCAGAGAACUGUUUGUCUGCUCUCAGGAUCUCAGAAGUACAUGGCCAUGCGGGUGUCUGAGGCCCACCAGAUUAAGGAUGGAAGCCACAGCAGAGCGUCAGACCCUCAGUUUGGCAAAUCAGUCAAAGACAUGCCAAGAUCGGUGCUGCUGCUCUUAAUGAAUCCCACUUUCCUGUUCCUGUGCUUGGCUGGAGCCACUGAGGCCAUCAUCAUCACUGGCAUGUCCACCUUUAGUCCAAAGUACUUGGAGUCUCAGUUCAAUCUCAGUGCCUCAGAGGCUGCUUCGUUGUUUGGAUACAUGGUGGUACCAGCGGGAGGUGGUGGCACCUUCCUGGGCGGCUACAUUGUGAAGAGGCUUAAGCUGCGCUGUAGAGGCAUCAUUAACUUCUGCAUAAUGUGCACAGCGUUGAGCCUGCUCACUGUCUUCAUCUUUCUCAUCCACUGCCCAAACAUGCCAAUGGCUGGUGUCAAUGCACCGUACCAUGUUGAUCUGAUGGAGCAACACCAACUGGACCAGUUUAAACCCAACAAGCUGCCCCAUAGUAACAGCUCUUCUAUCGAGGAGACCCUGAUAGUGGGCUGCAAUGCAGACUGUGGCUGUGUCAGGGAGCUGUAUAACCCUGUGUGUGGGGCAAACGAUGUGAUGUAUUAUUCCCCCUGCCACGCUGGCUGCAACUCCAUCAACCACACUCAACACUCCACUGGCAGAGUGGUGUAUUCUGGAUGUAGCUGUGUGGUGGGGAACGUGUCCUGGGGCAAGGCAGGCUUUGCUCUGGCAGGGAAGUGUGGCAGCUCCUGCCACCACAUGCCGGUCCUCCUGGCCUUCCUCUUCUUCAUCAUCUUCUUUACGUUCCUCUGUAGCAUCCCAGCGCUCACCGCUACACUCAGGUGUGUACCAGACAACCAGAGAUCCUUUGCACUUGGAAUCCAGUGGAUUGUUAUGCGGGUAUUUGGAAGUAUUCCAGGACCCAUACUAUUUGGCUCUGUGAUUGACAUCUCCUGCUUACUGUGGCAGAAUCAGUGCGGUGAGCGGGGCUCCUGUUACCUCUAUCAGAACUCAGAGAUGAGCCACUACAUACUAGGAGCUGGUAUUAUCUGUAAGAUUCUGGGGACAAUCUUCUUUCUCUUAGCCAACGUCAUGUACCAGCCUCCUCCUGAGUCGCCUCAAAGCAACUGUGAAGACAGCUCCAACAGAGCAGCAGACACGAGCGACCAGCCAAUCAAAGACCUGCCUGAAGACGGCGUCAUCGUCAACCUGCACACCAGGUUAUGACGUCAGACGGGCUCUAACCAUUGAGUUGGGAUCUGAUUGUGUGUGAUUUGUGCGGUUGUGUAUUUGUACUUUUAUCUUUGUGAGGACUCAUUUGACAUACAGGAUAUUUUGGGGAGGUCAGAAUGUUUGGGAUAAUUAUCAAAACUUCAUAGAGCUGUUUGAGGGUUAAGACUUGGUAUCAGGUGUAGGAUUAUAUUAUAUUAUAGUGUUUGGAUUGGGGAAGGAAUUGAGAUGUGAUGGUUAAGGGUAGGCCAAGAGGCUAGGGAAUGUUUGAUGUGAAUGCAUGUCCUCACAAAGACAGAAGUGUUUGUCUGUGUCUACAUCCACACAACAACAUUUUACAGGAUGUAGACUGUAUGUGUGUGUGUGUGUUUGUGUGUGUGUGUGUGUGUGUGUGUGGUGAUGUGAUGCUUCAUUUACACCGAUAGCCUUUUCUCAUCCAUAAUACCAUAAUGACACCACCCCCAACAUACACACGUGUACAUGCACACACACGGAAUCAAACGCACCUUAACCAUCAACACUUAAUGCCUAAAUCAGUACAAUAUCAUAAACCUGAACCUAAUUCUAACUCUAACCCUAAAACCAAGUCUUAACUCUCAAACAGCCCAAUGAUAGUAGCCCAGAGAAUGAGGACCAGCCAAAAUGUCAGGUUCUAGGCUCUAAAUGGUCGUCACAGUGAUCUACGUACACACACACACUGCUUUGUGUAGCUGUCUUGACUUUGCAUUGACCUACAUUCAUUCACUAACCCUAACCCAAAACUUAACCAAGACCUGUAGAAAGGUUUUACCUUAUUGACACUCAGCUUUGGUCCCUAUUAGGUCUACACUGCUUUUUCAUGUACCAGGAAGCAUUUCUACACAUAUACUGUAUACCCAAGCUUUGUUAAAUACAUUCAAAUUGGUUUUGUAUAAUGUUAGUCUGGUGACAUUGAUGUUCCUGCUUUGCUAUUAUGUCAUCAUCCAAUCUAAUGAAACAUAUCUGCCAUGAUAAUGAAGCAUUUACCAUGUUUUCUUCUGUUACACUGCUUUAUUGCUACACACCGAUAAAGCCACGGUCUAAUAUAUAUUGUGCCAGACCAACAGGCAAGUAAUAUUGAAGCCAAAUAAUUUUCCUAUCAUUUCAUAUUUCAAGCCAAG